AUGGUGCUAGCCGUAGCUACUGCUGCCACGUCACUGGGGGCCUGGGCGUUGCAGGGUGCGAUCGCCGCCCGACCACAAAUCACAACUUUGACGCCUGGGGUGGCGCUUUUCGGAGCUCUGUUUGGGGUGGGCGCGCUGUUCUUGCUGUUCUAUGUGUGCUCGCUUGUCGUGCGGCAAGUGCGUGGCGCUGUGUUUGGCAUGGGUGAGGAUGAUGAGCAGCAGGCCGAGAUUCGCGAAAAGGGCGUCGAUGCGUGGGAGUUUGUUGUGGACCUGGACGUCAACGCCAUGCUGCAGAGCAAGACUGAGGUUUUAUUCAUGGGCGGCGAGAACUGUGUGCAAACCAACCUGCCCUUGCCAAAGAUCAACUCUGUUACUACUUUGAAUCGAGAAGCCGGUGGACGUCAACAUGUGGAUUGGCCUGGCCACCAAGCCGUACCUGCGUGGAGGAUGACCGGCUGGAACAAGUACUCACCGCGCAGCGGGGUGGUGUGGUUUACGCGCAACGGCCGCCGCUACAAGGCCAUAUCCUCGGGCAUGCUAUACGAUGUGUUUCCGACGAUUUCAGCUGACGGCCCGUGUUCGUUCAGCGCCAACUUUGGCCAGCGUGGAUUCGUCUUUAUCGAGGCCAAUGUCAAGCGAUGGGGAUUCGGGCCCAUUGAGGGUGCCAUGCUGCCUCCACCGAUCUAUGGCGCCAACCAGAACACGAUUUUGCUCGAAACAGCGGUGGCCUCUUCUGAGAGCGAGGACGAUGACGGCGGCUCGGACGAAUCAGAGAGCAUUUCUGUCAGCACACCCGAAUUGACAGCCGUUCUUGAAGACAGCGUUGCCAUUGACAUUUCCAGCACUGCUGCCUCGGUGGAAGCUCUCGUCCCGCAUCCGAGCUCGUCUCGGCGGCAGCGCAGGCGGCAGCCAGCUUCUCGAGGCGGGGGGACUUCGCUCGAGCCAGUGGUGACGUAUCGCAACAAGCAACCCGAUAUUUUGCACUCGCAAGAUAGUGAAAGCAUGGGCUUUGACGCUGCUGGCCAAUUUGCUUGA